AUGCCGUUCGACCCCGUGCGGGACGCCGUCCAGAACACGCCGCCCGUCCCCCACGCACCCCCAGCAUCAGCCCCGCGCCGCGCAUCGGACAUCGCCUCUCUCCUCAACUCCUCCUCAUCAAAUAACAAUGCGCCGUACCCGACCCCCCGCGCCGAGAGCCCGCCCGAGCGCCUCGGCAGCGCCGCCGGCGCGAUCCGGCGCGCGGGAUUGCCGCCGCUGAACACGCGCUCGACGCCUGUGCUCGAGAGCCCGGGCGGGAUGGGCGGGCUGUUCACGCCCGUCGCCGGGUCGUCGUAUACGCCCCACCCGCGCGAUACGGCCACUCGCGACUCGUAUUUCCCGCCGUCGAGCGCGAGCCCGGUGCACCAGCGCAUGCCACCGCCUGGCCCGCCACAGGCGCACACGCACGUGUACGCGGGGGUGAGGGUGUUGCCGCCCGCGCAUAAUCUCGAUACGACGAGCUCGCGGUCGAGGCCGAGCUCGUCGCACUCUGCCUCUGCGCCGAGUUAUAAUAGUAUUCCGAUGGCGUCGCCGCACGGGCACCCGGCGUACGCUGCGAACCAGUCACCCGUCUUUCAGCACCACGCGCCGGUGACGCAGCGCGUGAGCUUCGAGAGGGGCGGGAGCGAGCGCCCGCGGUCGAGCUCGCAUGGGAGCGCCGCGAGCGAUACUGUCGUUGGCGGGAAUGUUGGCGGUGGGGCGAGGCCGGGGAGCGGGCGGGGGUACGAGGGAAGGCAGAGGAGCGAGAGCGAGAGGGCGCCGUUUGCACGGUUUGGAGGGACGCCGGACAGUCCGGGCGUGCCGCAGGGGUAUGUCAGGCAGAGAGCGGGCUCGCCGACGCCGGGGAUGCAGAGGGGGUUUGUUGCUGUUAGUCCGCAGGAUAUGGGCAGGCAGCCGACAAUGCAACAACGACAGUCCGAUCCCCCGCCACACCCCUCAAGACGACCAUCCGCGUCGUACGCCACACCUCCGCCAGGCACGUACGCGAACCGCAAGCCGCCCUCGCCCUCGUCUAUCCCGCCUAUGCGGCGCCACGAGUCUGUGCCCCAGAUCCAUCCCCAGCAUCAGCAGCCGCCACCUCAACAUCAACAACCGCGAACGCCGGUACAACAGGGCCCGCCGCAACAUCAUCCUCACGCGACCCAACAACCACCCCCGCCACAACAACAGCAACAACAACAACCAUACGCCCGCCGCCCCUCCACAGCAGACCUAUCCCCGAAUGAGCGCCGCGCGCUCUCCCUCGCAAACGCGCAGUUCGAAGCCGAACAGGCCGCCCGCGUGCGCUCCAUGUCCAUGUCCAUGUCGGCCGAGAGGAGUAUGAGCAAUGAGGAGAUGGCGGCGAUGGCGGCGGCGAAGAGGGUUUAUGAGGAGGAGGAGCGGAGGAGGUUUGAGGGUGAGGUUGAGGAGGAGAGGAGGUGGGUGGCAGAGGGGGAGGCGCAGGGGAGGGUCAGGGCUAGGGAGAGCGCUGUGAGGGAUAGUGGGCGCGAUGACAGGAUGGGCAGGAGUAGGGAGGACAGUAGGAGCGCGCCGCAGUGGAUGAGUGGUUCUGGAGGACCGAUUGGAGGACCUCAAGCUGGACCAUCUCAACCACAACCACACCCCCGCGACCGCCCUCAAAAACCGGCGUCGUCGGGUCCUGUCCUACCAUCAUCAUCAGGACCCGCUCUCCCCGCUAUGCCUACCUUGUCCGGCAUGAUAAUUCCAACAUCGAGCGGGACAAGACCUGUUCUGCCAUUCGCCACGGGCCCAACUAUGCCGAUCCCGUCGGUGUCGCCUGUGCGGAGGUCGCCGCCUGCGACGGAUAGACAGCCUGCGCGCAAAAGGGCGAGGCGUGAGGAGCCGGAGCGUGAGGCGAUGGACGUUGAUAGACCGUCGCCGCCUCCGGCGCGUGGGGCGUCGUCGAGUUCGACGAUGCCUACGCCUACUUCUCAGAUUCCACCUCCAGUCCAACCACAAAUCCCACCGCCCAUCCAGCCCUUCACGGCGCCCAUCCAGCCCUUCACAGCGCCAAUCCCUCCGCCCGUAACACCAGCCAACCACGACGCCCACGGCGCAGGUAUAGACAGGCGACCGCCCUCGCCGGUCAAAAACGUGCAGAGCGCGGCGAGCAUUGCGAGGGCGGAGGCCGAUGCUACGCCCACGCCCCAUCCGCACCACCCGCACCCAAACCACGCGCCGCAACGGCCGAACACCGCGCCGCAACAACCGAACACCGCGCCGCAAAUAGCCGACGGAGCAUUACCUACGCGCGCGCCACACGUCACGACCACCACAACCGUCGCUGCUCCGGCUCCGGGCAACUCGGUUCAGACGCCCACGAGUGCCACGCCUACGCCUACGUCCUCUACGACGACUACUGCGUCUGGGUCUACGCCUACUCCGACGAUGAACGUCCCGCCGCCGAUGUCGGCUAUUCCUAUGCCCGUCAUGCCAGCUCAGCCACACCCACCCCCAACCACCGCCGCGAGUAACUCGAGAAGAAACCCGCCGCCGCUCACAGCGGCCAACCUCCCCGUGCCGAUCGUCGCAGCGGGCAAAAAGCCGCCGCCGGUCGUGCUGUCGCCCGUCGUGCCGGCGCGGCCGUUUGUGGGCGGGAUGGUGGAGGACGAGUCGCCUUCUGUGCCGGGUGGGGCGUUUGUGGGUGGGAUGGUUGAGGAUGAUGGGGCUGGUAAUGGAGGUGGUGGUGAGGGAAGGGGAGGGGGAGGGGUGAGUGAGGAGAGGGUUGGGAGGGGGAUUACGAGGAGGCGGAAGACGACUACGAACGCGGGGACGGCGGGGAUGGUGCACCCGUUGCCGGCUACGCCUCAGCCGCUCUCGCGUGCGCCUUCAUACACACAACAGCAACAACAGCCCUCUCGGGCUUCCUCUCGCCCACCUUCACAACCCCAACCCCAAGCACAUACACAGCAACCUCAGCAGCGCGUACAAACGCAACCGACGACAAGACCGUACAACCCCCGCCGCCGCACACCCGCCACGUCUGUCAUGAUCCCGCUCACGUCCGACGAGCUCGCGAUGUACAGGGCGCAGCUUGGUAGAGGCACGGCGAGGCUCGCGAAGAGGCGGCGGGCGCUGGAUGAGUUUGAGGUUGAUUUGGGCGUGGACGAUGGGGCGGGGGCGGGGGUUGUUACGGGUGGAGGUGGGAGUGUUAAUGGUGGCGGAGGUGGAGGGGGAGAAGGUGGUGGUGCAAUGGGAGGAGGGGGUAUGGGAGGGGGAGGGCAAGGAGGGGCGAAGGGGAAGAGGAGCAAAGACGUCGUGAGCGUCGUCGAGCACUACAACGCCCGCCCGAACCAAGCCGUCUCCGCCCGCCAGCUCUCGCCCAUCAUCGGCCUGCGCAACUUCAACAACUGGAUAAAAUCCGUUUUGAUCUCUGCGUUCGCUUUGCCCGCGCUGCAGGCGAGCGGGACGCAGAGCACGCACCGUAACCCGCUGCGGGGGAGGGUGCUGGACGUCGGGUGUGGCAAGGGCGGCGAUCUGAGCAAGUGGCACCGCGCGCGGAUCGCGGAGUAUGUCGGGCUGGAUAUCGCUGCGAUAUCGGUGAACCAGGCGAAGGAGCGGCACAACUCGCUCCGCCCGCCGAAGUUCGACGCGUUCUUCGGCGCGCUGGACUGCUUCACGCACGCGCUCGAGCGCGCGGUGCCCGCGCACGACCUCCGCGCGCCCUUCGACGUCGUCUCGCUGCAGUUCUGCAUGCACUACGCGUUCGAGUCCGAGGGCAAGGUCCGGCGCAUGCUCGAGAACGUCGCGGGGCGCCUGCGCGUCGGCGGGCGCGUCGUCGGGACCGUGCCGAACGACGAGCUGCUGCUUGGGCGGCUGGCGGACGGGGAGAAGAGCUGGGGGAAUAGUGUGUGUCGGAUUACGUUUGAGGAGGGGGAGAGUGUUGAGGGGGUUGAGGGAGGAGG